ACUAUCCUGUUCUCAUCUUCCUGUCAGGUGGAGGAGAAUCGUAGCAGCUUAUUCUUCUUCCUCCUCUUCCUUCGUUUUUUCCCCAUGACUCCUAACUGGUUCCUUAACAUAACCUGUCCUGUCCUCAACAUCCCUCUAUCCAUUUUCUUCUUCUCUGUAUUAAUAGGUUUAAUCCCGUACAACUUCAUCUGUGUGCGUACGGGUUCCGUCCUGUCACAGCUGUCCUCUUUGGACGACAUAUUCUCGUGGGGGACGCUGGCUCAGCUGCUGGCCAUUGCGCUCAUGGCUCUGCUGCCUGGAGCGCUCAUCAAACACUAUGGCUCUGCUCACCUCAAGCUGGAUGGCGUCACCAGCAAUGGAACCGGCCAGGACAGGAAGAGCAGAUGACAUUGAAUGCCAACGCUGCUCAGGUAGAGAUGGACAUUUGUGACCUUUAGACCUCUGCUAGGUCACUCUGGAGACUCCAGACAUUCAGGGCGGUGCUUAUUUUGAACUUCUAUUUUUAUCAGGUUGUGCUUAGUCUUCAUUGCCUUAAAACACCUUAGAAGUUACUGUGGUGAAAAUCCUCCUCUUGAAUGCAUGGAAUGUCACAUUUUGCAAGAAAUUUUCAUUAUUUUGCAUAGAGCUGAAUAAGUGUCACCUUCGAGAUGAACAAAUCUUUCUGUUCCUGUUAAAGAUCUGAUGCAUGCACUGCAAAAACACUAAAUAUUACAAAGUAUUUUUCUCUAGUAACUUAAUAAACUUAAAAUCCGACACACGGACUCACAAGUAAGCUCUGAAAAAGAUAUAUGAGCUUGUUACAGGUAAAUAAUUUGUCAAUAUUAAUAAAAACAAUGGAUUAAUUCCACUGGCAGAUUAUUUCUUGCUAAAAGUAGCGAAAUCUGCCAGGGGAGUUGAUACUUUUUUCAUAUAUAUAAUCAGUACAAAAACUUGUACAACUUACUGAGAAGUUCUUGUAACAUGAAAUGAGGAAAAAAUGAAGAUAUUUGCAGUAGAAACUAGAGAACAAUAUGAGAUGUUUUUGCUAAUCAUGAUUAGCUUCAUCAUCACUUAUUCCGCAGUAUGUUGAAUGGGUUUAUGCAUUUUCUCUGUAAAAUGGGAGAGGUCUCGUUGCAGUGACUCAGAGCGACUAGUUUUUCACAUAUAGAAAUAUUCAAUAAGUUGUUUUUUAAUUUUUUCUGUAAUUUUUAUUACUUAAAUCGCUUCUUAAAUGGUUAGCGAUUAUUUGGCUAAAAAACAGACUGUUGUAAAGUCUUUAUUAUUUUGCAUUUAUCAUACAUAUUUUACUAACUCUUAGACAUCUAGAUUUUAGAUGUUACUUUCUUUCAAAUCUAUAGGAAGAUUUGAAAAAGGCAUGUUAAAUUUUUUAGCCUGAAAUCUGUUCUUUUAAAAUAAUAAUAAACGACCAGUUUAUUAUAAUAGCUUGAUUAACGUUGUGAAUCAAGUUCACAUACUCGCUGCUAAAUGUGCUAAUUGAGGAGAAGUAGCUUUCUGAUCCAGGAAACUGUUUAUCCGAAGUCAUCAGUGGUCAUGCUAACUAGCAGGCUCUGUUGAUGGGGCUAGCUGUGACACAACAGAGAGCGAGGGGGUGGGUGUGAGCAGCGCACACACAAGCAGGUUUAACAGCACUGAGACGUUCCUCCUUUUUCAUUUAUCAUACAUAUUUUACCAACACUUAGACAUAAGCCAGUAGAUUUCAGAUGUUAUAUAGUAACAUCUAAAAAUUCUGUCUUCUUCUGAAUUGUUUUUUUCUGACCAAGCAGUGGAUUUCUACAAAUGUGAUUUUUUUUUUUUUUCACAGAUUAUCUGUUUCAUGUUAGGCUGCCAUGACAGAGCGACACAUAUGAUGUAAAAAAUACUUAAAAUAAUUAUUUACUGCGGCUUUAAGGGCUGCCUGUUUAAAUCAGGAGUUGAAUCAGAUGUAAUUAUAU